GGAUGCAAUGGUCGUCACGUACUUCAGGGGAGCCGUCACUGAAAACGAUCACAAAAUACCCAAAGGACUGAUGGCUGUCGUCGGCCUCUCCAGAGCUGAGGCCAAAAAAUUGUGUCCAAACGGUGUAUACGUUGUCUGCAAUAACGCGAAAGACACUGUUGUUGUCUCUGGUCCAGUGAAAGAGAUGUCACAACUGAUAGAAGACUUGAACACAAAGGGUGUGUUUGUAAAGGAAUUAGAGAGCAGUGGUAUUCCCUAUCACUCGGAAUACUUGCAAACCUCCGCCAAACCAAUGAUCGACAAAAUCAAGAAAUACAUCCCAAACCCGAAGCCUCGGUCGCGGAAAUGGGUUUCCACUUCUGUGUUGGAGUCGGAACCGCGCGAAGACGCCCUCCGAUACGCAUCUGCCGAGUAUUUUGUUCACAAUCUCAUAAAUCCGGUUCAGUUUUACGACAAACUCCAAGAGUUGCCGGCGGAUGCGAUUGUGCUGGAGAUCGGACCGCACUCUGUGUUCGCCAAAAUGGUUACACAAACGCUGGACUCGUGUUCAUACAUAUCGCUCAUUAAAAAGGACUCAAAUGACACAAAUCUGGACACAUUUCUGGCCGCUAUCGCCUCUCUCUACGAGUUGGGUCGUAACCCACGUAUCGAUCGCUUGUACCCGACUGUCGAUUGGCCGGUGAGUCGCAGCACUCAAUCGAUCGGCGCACUCAUGCGUUGGGAUCACCGGCAGUCAUACCACGUGCGCAAAUAUCCCGACCACUUUUGUCGGGCCACUGCCUCUGACUUCAACUUCACGAUUAACAUAGCGUUCAAAGACGAGGGCUUUUACGCGGAUCACGCCAUCGACGGCAAUAUCCUAUUCCCGGCGACCGGGUAUCUGAUGCUGGCGUGGCGUCAGUUCGCCGGCUUCCGGGGCCGCACUUGGAUGCAGACACCCGUCGUGUUUGAGAACAUUCAGUUCCGACGCCCAGUAUUUCUGUCGGAAGCGACCGCUACUAAACUUAAAGUCCGUUACUUUGAAAACUCAGGUGAUUUCGUAAUACUGGAAAACGGUAACGUGACGUGUGUGGGCCGCAUACGGGCGCCGCCAUCUGACGACUUUUUGGUCGCCCAAUCCAUGAUAGGCGAAGACGACUCGUUGGCCACAGUUGGGGACAACUCUAAUGAGUUGACGCUCACCACUGAAGACAUAUACAAAGAGUUACGGAUAAUGGGUUACGAUUACGGCAAAGAGUUCCGCCGCUGUCGACGCAUACGGACCACCAAUUUUGGUCAAUUGCGGGGAGACAUCGAAUGGAACGGCAAUUUGAUCACAUUCUUGGACGCUAUGCUUCAGUCGAUGGCAUUUGCGGCUCCGGUGCGCAAAAUGAUGGUUCCGGUGAUGAUUAAGUCACUGCGAGUCGACCCGAAGCUCUUUUUUGACACUAUAUCCAGCAAUAGGGCCGCAGAUAUGAAUGAAGAGUUGGAGACUGACUACUCGACAGAAUUGGAUCAACUCGAAGACAUGCAAACAGAUCAGGGCGAGAGCGCCAGUGCUUUCCUCUCAGACAAUGAUAGGAAAGAGUUGAAACACUAUCUCUACGAGCGAUACUACCUCUACAAGUCAAUGAUGCCCUUCUAUUUUGACUCCGAGUGCCGACUACUGGUCACUCACGGCAUCGAAGUGGAGAAUGUGAUGGCAUUCCCGAUACCGCGCAAGACUGACGCCCAGGACCUCAAACUAGAGUCCUAUGAACUGUUGCCCAACGAAGAUAUGAUGGCUAUCGACCCGUGCGAUCGACAACUCAUUGCCGAUUAUAUUAAGUUGUGUAAAACAAUGGCAGCAAAAGUACGACAAAUGGGUUUUGAAGAAAUGAAAUGCGAUUUUAAUUAUGAAAAUAUAAGCGAAGAUACGAUCAAAGAGUAUAGAAAUGGAAACAAUGAGAAUCACGUUAUGUUUAAAGCGUUGGACAAAAUUCUGCUGGAAGUGGUGGACACGAACCACAAUAAGACCAGUGAUGAUAAUCGCAAAGUGUUGGACAAACUGAUGGCAGACAUAGAGUUAGAUUUGAGUCGAGAUCUUAUAAAUCAAGUACAGAGGAAUGAACGCCUGAUUCGAAGUUUGGUCGAUAUUGUGAGCGAAAAUCUGGUGCCGAAGAAAGUGAUCAAAGCGUUGGAAAUCAAUCUAUGCAUCGGAGGAGAGUUGGCUAAACAUGUGGAACAAUAUCUGUCAUAUUAUCACAUCUAUCCCAUUGACGUGGAGUACAAACUAGUGGUCAAAGAACGGGAACACUUACACGAGACGCUCAAAGACAAAGCUAUAGAUUGGAGCCCCUCUGCGGACACGCCCUACCCGUCGGACACAACACCUGCCGAUCUGCUUAUCAUUAGAGACAGCAAAGAGUUAUGGGAACUAAAUAUCGAUGAUUUUGUACAAGAAUUGAACGACUCUAUAGCGGGCAAUGGUUUCCUAUUAUCUGUGUUUCGGUAUAAGUAUACCGAACCGGAACUCGCCUUGAAUUCACUGAACGGCAAAAAAUCGUUGACCGACUCAGACCUGAAAAAACGGAUCAACGACUUCCUCAUGAGUGCCCGAAACCAUGAAUUCAAUUUAGUGGCCCUUAAGUGCGAUUCAAUCGCUUCCAUGGCUUUGCUAUUUAGAAAAGUGGCCGCAAUUGAGCCCAAAAUACCCCAAAAUGAUAAUAUAAUUGCCAUUAAUUCAACGGAUUAUAAACAAUGGUUUAAUGUGUUGAAGGAUAAGUUGAUGGCCGCUAAAGAAGCCGAGGAUAAUAGCGGCCACAUAUGGCUUGUGGCGAAUGACUCGUGUAUUAACGGAAUCAUAGAACCGGGAGGCGAGAGAUUGAGAGCUAUAUUCAAUUGUGACGGCACUGGCCAUGCAUUUGACUUCAAGCAAAAGCCCUACUCAGACAUAUUGGCCAAUGAUUUAGCUAUCAAUGUUGUAAAAGACGGCAAACUUUGCACUUAUAGACACUUACGACUGCCUAAAGAUCACGAUAAGGUCACCUCUAAUGAGUACUUCUUGAAUAUCGGACAGACCAGAGAUCUGUCGAGUCUUCAAUGGUAUGACUCCAGAGCUAUAGUUCCCGCUAAAGACGUGUUUGACAUAAACAACAAUUUUGUAAAACAAAUUCACUGCGAUAUCUAUACGUCUGGACUCACAUUUCAUGACGUGUUGGUCGCCACAGGUCGUAUCCCAAGUGGUCCUCAAUUACUAUUUACUGAUUGUCUGAUCGGUUGUGAGUUUGCUGGCCGUCGUGUGGACUCUGGGCAACGGGUGAUGGGCUUUGAAAUGACCCGUUGUUUUGCCACAUCUAUCAAUGCAAACGAGAAAAUGAUAACUAAUAUACCGGAGCACUGGUCUAUGGAUGAGGCGGUGACUAUACUCAGCACUUAUAGCACUGUAUGGUAUGGACUCAUAGAAAGAGCUGGACUUAAGAAAAAUGAGAGUAUUUUAAUACAUUCGGGCGCCGGAGGUGUGGGACAGUCCGCGAUAAUCAUCUGUCAGUACUAUAAUUGCAAUAUCUAUGUGACGGUCGGCACCGAAGAGAAGAAACAGUUUUUGAUCAAAAAAUACAAUAUACCGGAGGAGAAGAUAUUCAGCUCAAGAGAUAUAAUGUUUAAAUACAAGAUAAUGGCGUCGACCAAAGGAAAGGGUGUGGAUCUCGUGCUGAACUCGUUGGCCGGCGACAAACUUGACGCCAGUUAUGAGUGUGUGGCCAAUGGCGGCCGGUUUGUGGAGUUGGGAAAGUAUGAUCUGGUGCUCAACAAACAACUCGGAAUGUUUGACUUCUUGAGAGACGUGUCGUUCAUUGGCGUCGCCGUCGAUAUCUGUCUUAUGGAAAAAGAGGACUUUGCCCUCAACUUCUUUGAGUGGAUGCAUAAGAACUCGAGUAAUGGUUGCGUCAAACCAAUCAACACAACUGUGUUUAUGGCCACUGAAGCUGAAAAGGCUUUCCGAUACAUGACUACCGGUAAACACAUUGGAAAAGUGAUGGUUAGGAUCAGAGACGAGGAGUCGGAUAAGGGAGCCGUGAAGGCAGUGAAACCCGCCAUUGAUUUGCCGGUUACUAUCAAAACUUAUUUUAACCCAAAUAAGGUGUAUAUAAUAACGGGUGGUUUGGGUGGCUGUGGACUAGAGUUAGUCCAUUGGAUGUUAUAUAUGGGCGCAAAACGUAUUGUAUUGACGUCGAGGACCGGCGUUACAACCGAUUACCAGCGCUAUGUCAUUAAGCGUUUAGACUAUUUUGGGCACAAAUUCAAAAUUUUUGGGGCAAAAAUAGUGGUCUCGACCACUGAUUGCCAGACACUGGAGGGCGCGAAACAAGUGAUACACGAAACUAUAGAUUUGGGACCCAUUGGAGGGAUAUUUCAUUUGGCACUCGUAUUGAAUGAUUGUCUUAUUGAAAAUCAAACAGAAGACAAGUUUUGCGAAUCCAUUGACACAAAGCACAAGAUAUUUGCAAAUCUGGAUCAACUGACCCGACAAUUGGAGUAUAAAUUGGAUUAUUUUGUAGUGUUUUCGUCCGUCACUUGUGGUAAAGGAAACGCAGGGCAAUCAAACUAUGCGUUCGGAAACUCCAUGUGUGAGCGUAUAUGUGAAGAGAGACGUAGGGAUGGUCUGCACGGACUCGCCAUACAAUACGGACCCAUCGGUGAUGUCGGAAUUAGAGCCGAGAGAGCAGUUCAAAGCGGUGGCAAUCGACAGAAACGGAUGGUUAAAGAGUUGUGGCGAGCGUUGGGUAUAGACCCGGACACUACACCCGAUCACUUGACUCUCGGCGAGAUCGGUAUGGAGUCGAUGUUUGCCGUUGAGUUGCAACAGGAGUUGGAGAGGGAGUGGAAUAUCAAGAUGUCUAUUAAUCACGUGAAGAACAUUACGAUCAAAAUGCUAAAGGACUACGAGGCGGGUCGGGUGGAGAACAUCAAGCGCUAUGUGGACGACGUGAAAGUGGCCAGGGCCAAAUUAAUGCGCUACCGGUUUAUUAUACCGAGCGAACGGAUCACACGCAUCAAUCAGGUCACUACCGGACGGCCCGUGUAUUUCAUGCCCACAUUUGACGGCGGGUUCCGUAACUUUGAGGAGUUUGGCCGCCGUAUUGAUCGGCCUGUGAUUGGUCUGAAUUGGACGCGAGAGUUGGACAAUUUCAACACGCUGAAAGAGUACCAAGCUCAUUUCACUAAAUUACUGGACGAGCUCGAGCCGAAGGGUGGGUACGAUGUGGUGGGAUAUUUUGACGGCGCUAUGAUUGGCACAAAACUGCUGCGUCGGGCGCGAGUGGAUCGGGCGGUGAUCAUCGACGUGCUGUCCGAGAGUCGCUUCAACGAGGACUUUGUGACCGACGAGUAUAUAUUGGAUUUUAUAUUUGAGUUCAUAUCGUAUGAGAUUCCGGAGUCGUUCCGCGAGAAGAUCCACAGAGACAUGAAGACCGAGCCCGACAUCGACGGCCGCAUACGUCGCGCCUGCGCUGAGAUCAGAGAGUUUGCCGGCAAAGGACUGGUGGCCACAGAUCUGGAAGCGAUUAUUCGGAACGCAUUCAAAAGGGCUAAACUCUUGUCCACACAUCGCGUCGCGAAGAAGCGAAAUGUUGCCAAAUUGAAGGCCAGUAUUGCCCGCAAUUGGGCCAAACGGAUGGGCAAACUGGUCGUCAUUAAACCCUUCGAGUUUGUUAACAUUGAAGACGAACACGAUUUCCUCCAGAAGGCAAAGGAUCUGUACUUUUUGCCUGAUAAUCAACUCGAUGAUCAAUCUAAUACCAUUGAUUACGUGAAAGUGGAUGAAUGUCCAUUUGCCGUGGCGUCCGAGAAAAUUGGCCAAGAAGUCCUUGAUGCUCUUAAUGAAUAAUUUAUUCUGUGUUUACAUUAUAUAAAAAUUUACUUAAACUUAUUUUUAUAAUUUUAUA